AUGACCGUCUCAGAGAAGGGCCAUGAGGGGCCUGUGAAUCAAGCCUCAGAUGCCGUUGAACAGGUGGAUAGCAGCAUAGAGGUUUCAAUCGGCGAUGAAACCCCAGCGAGCGAGAACAAGUCCCAGAGCCCGUAUCUGAGAAUCUUCACUUAUACCGGGCGGCGUGAACGAAUUAUCCUCGCCAUCUCGAUUGUAGCUGCAAUUGCGUCUGGAGCUGGCAUAGCUCUCCAGAAUCUGAUCUUUGGCCAAUUCGUCACAACCAUCACCAAUUUUAUCAACGAUCCAUCAGCAAGCGGUGCAAAGUUUCGCAGUGAUGCCGGCCGAUUAUCGCUCUAUUUCGUCUAUCUAGGCAUCGGGAGGUUUGUCCUAGCAUACGCAUACAAUGUGCUCCUGACCUACAACGCGUAUCGAAUCGUUCGAAACAUUCGACAUGCAUACUUGAAAGCUGCUUUGAGCCAGGAGGUUGCAUACUACGAUCUCGGCACCAGUGGAUCGAUUGCCACUCAAGCAACUUCAAAUGGAAAACUGAUCCAGGGUGGCAUUGCAGAGAAGCUUGGGCUUUCGUUCCAAGGAGUCUCGGCCUUUGUCACUGCCUUUAUUGUGGCAUUUGUCACCCAAUGGAAGCUGACCCUUAUCUGUCUUUGCAUCGCCCCGAGUACAAUGGCCGUAAUGGCCUUUGUUGGUAUCAACGAGGCAGCUGUCGAGACUAAAAUCUUCGAUAUUCACGCUCAGGCCAAUGGCUAUGCGGAAGGAAUCAUUGGCAGUACUAGAACUGUACAUGCGUUUGAGAUGCGGUCUAGGCUUGUCAGCAAAUUCAACGAAUACCUCGAAGAGGCUCACAAAUACGGUCGCCAGCUAUCUCCUUGGUUCGCAGCUCUCUUUUCGGCCGAAUAUACAAUCAUGUACCUCGGCUUUGGGCUUGCUUUUUGGCAGGGAAUUCAUCUAUACGCAAAUGGGGAGAUUAAGUCAUCUGGCGAAAUCUUCACAGUUUUGUUCUCUGUAACAAUCGCAACUAUCAGUAUCACGUCGCUGGCGCCGUAUUCCAUCGACUUUUCGAGGGCUGCUUCGGGAGCCGCACAGCUGUUUGAGCUCAUCGACCGAAAAUCUGAUAUUAACCCAUUCGACGAAUCGGGGGAGAAGCCUACAGAAGUUGUCGGACAUCUUGAGUUGGAGAAUGUCAACUUUGCGUAUCCUUCACGGCCGAGUGUAACUGUACUGGACGACUUUUCAUUGUCUGUUCCCGCUGGAAAAGUGACAGCUUUGGUGGGCCAAAGCGGUUCUGGAAAGAGCACCAUUGUCGGUCUCGUUGAGCGAUGGUACAACCCCGUGUCUGGAACCAUCAAGUUGGAUGGCAAACCAAUUAACAAAUUAAAUCUCAAUUGGCUCCGGAAGAACGUUCGACUUGUCCAACAAGAGCCUGUGCUUUUCCAAGGCUCAGCAUUCGAUAAUAUCGCGCACGGUCUUGUUGGCACGAAAUGGGAACAUGCUUCAAGAGAAGAAAAGAUGACUCAAGUCCAAGAAGCUGCCAAAGUUGCCUUUGCUCAUGAUUUCAUUUCAGAAUUGCCAGAUGGUUACGAUACCGAGAUUGGUCAGAGGGGUGGACUGUUAUCUGGUGGUCAGAAGCAGCGCGUUGCCAUUGCUCGGAGCAUCGUUUCUCAACCAACAGUCCUACUGCUCGAUGAAGCGACCAGUGCCCUUGAUCCGCAUGCUGAGGGCAUUGUACAGCGCGCCCUAGACAGAGCUUCCGAGGGCCGUACCACAAUUGUUAUUGCUCACAAACUAGCAACAAUCCGCAGAGCAGAUAAUAUUGUCGUCAUGAAGAAGGGAAAAAUCAUCGAACAAGGCACACAUGAGGGCCUGAUGAAGCAAGACGGAGCUUACGCUCAGCUAGUGCACGUCCAAGACCUAUCUGUAUCGAAAACUCAGUCUGAUACCGAAUCAGAUGUGCCAGAUGACGAGGAAGUGAAAGAUCCAGCUGAUCUCGUCAAGAGCUUGACCCGAUACGCUACCGCGGAUCGGAUCCGCCUCGAGCAGCAGAAAGAGAGGGACAAUUUCGAAAAUUACAAGAAACAGGGGCUCCUAACAGUGAUCUGGCGACUAGUCGCUGAGCAUCCAGAAUUGGGUUGGGCUUAUUUCUUUGUUGUUAUUUCCUGUCUUGCAGGUGCGGCUGGUUAUCCCGGUCAGGCCAUUUUGCUUUCCAGCACUGUUGACGUCUUCACACUAUCUCCCUCAGAAAUGACGAAAAAGGGCAACUUUUUUGCUUCCAUGUUUAUUGUCCUUGCGGCUGGCAACUUGGUUAUCUAUAGUAUAGCUGGAUGGGCGACCAACAUGAUUGCUCAGACGUUAUCGCACAAACUCCGUCGUCAAAGUUUAAACGACAUGCUACGACAAGACCUCCAAUUCUUCGAUCGUCCCGAAAAUAACAUUGGAGCGCUAGCUAGCCGUGUUGAUGCAAAUCCACAAGCCAUUUUGGAGCUCAUGGGCUUUAAUAUUGCCUUAAUCCUCGUAGCAGUAUUCAACAUUGCCGCAUGCAGCGUUUUGGCCAUCGUGUAUAGCUGGAAACUGGGACUUGUGGUUGUCUUCGCCGGGCUGCCCCCCAUGGUUGGUUCUGGAUGGUUCAAGAUUCGACUGGACGUCAGGCUUGAUCAUCAUAUCUCGGCACGCCAGUCCAAAAGUGCAGCAAUUGCUUCAGAGGCCGUCACUGCGAUACGUACUGUAUCGUCUUUGGCCAUUGAGGAAUCGGUCCUCAAGAGCUACACCAACGAAUUAGACCACGCGGUCAAUGGAUCUGUGAAGCCAAUGUCGAUUAUGAUGGUUUGCUUUGCCUUUACUCAAUGCAUUGAGUAUUGGUUUAUGGCUUUGGGUUUUUGGUAUGGAUGUCGUCUUGUCUCCUUUGGGGAGACAUCAAUGCAUAGCUUUUACGUGGCGUUUUUGGCAGUCUUUUUUUCAGGUCAAGCGGCUUCUCAACUCUUUCAAUUUUCAACAAGUAUAACCAAAGGCAAGAACGCAGCGAAUUACAUCUUCUGGCUUCACGGACUCAAACCCACAAUCCAUGAAACACCAGAAAAUAAGGAUAAAGGCCCGGAAUCUGGAGGCCCAGUUGCUGUUGACAGCGUUCACUUUUCAUAUCCUCUGCGGCCAGAGGCGCCUGUGUUGAGAGGAAUCAAUCUAGAGAUUCAAAAAGGCCAGUUCUUUGCUCUAGUUGGUGCUUCUGGCUGCGGCAAAUCCACCAUGAUUGCUAUGCUCGAGCGGUUCUACGACCCUUCGACUGGAAAGAUUAGCAUUGCUGGUGAUAAGCUGACGGAGCUGAAUCCACGUCUAUAUCGCCGAGUCGUCUCUCUAGUGCAGCAAGAGCCAACUCUUUUCCAAGGUUCAAUUCGCGAGAAUAUCGCCCUCGGCAUCGACGAUCCAACGAUGUCUUCCGCAACAACUGCAGAGGUAACUGUUUCCGACGCUCAAAUCGAAGCAGCAUUACGCGCAGCUAAUGCCUGGGACUUUGUGUCGUCUUUGCCUGACGGCUUCGCCACGGCUGCUGGACCAAACGGCACGCAGCUUUCUGGCGGUCAGCGCCAGCGUAUUGCUAUUGCUCGCUCACUGAUUCGUAAUCCUAAAGUCCUGCUACUUGACGAGGCAACCAGUGCCUUGGAUACGGAGAGCGAAAAAAUUGUACAAAGCGCACUGGCCGAGGCAGCAAAAGAAGGUGAUCGAAUCACUAUUGCGGUAGCGCAUAGACUGUCCACGAUUAGAGACGCGGACAUGAUAUGCGUCUUCUAUGGGGGCAAGAUUGUGGAGAUGGGGAAGCACGCCGAAUUGAUAGCGCAAGGAGGGAUGUAUAGAAAGAUGUGUGAAGCGCAAAACAUAGAGUGA